CGCAGCCCCGUCUGCCUGCAGUUCUCCCGGCAUCCAGCAGGGGGCGCCCGGCGCUAUGUGGGCUGCAGUGAGUGCACAGAAGGAGCUCAGGGGGAAGGAGGCAGCGACGUGUGAGGCAUGAGGGAGCAGCCCAGGAGCCUCUGUGUACUGUACCUCCCCCUGGAGACCGGGGCUGCAGCCUGAGAAUCUCACCCUCUGGCCGGCGCUAUGGAGGGGCUGCUGGUGGUCUGCCUCAUCUCCCUGGGCAUGUUCCUGGGCUGCUUCCUGCUGGGACUCAUCCCCCUGGCUGUAAAACUCUCCGAGCAAAAGCUGCAGUUUGUCAGCGUCCUGGGGGCCGGCCUGCUUUGUGGAACAGCGUUGGCUAUUAUUAUACCAGAAGGGAUUGAACUACUGGACAGCUCUUCCAAAGGCUCCCCGGUGAAAUGCCUGAAUGUCGCGCAGAUUAUGAAUGUGACGGAGGCUGCGGUGACGGAGGAGGAAGUGGCAGAGAUCCGGUCCUCCGUUCCCACUCACUUCUUCAUCGGGGUCUUCCUGGUCACGGGCUUCAUACUCAUGUUCAUUGUGGACCAGAUUUCCAGUUACUGCUCCUACCACGAUCCCAGGACCGGAAUGUCGGCUGGAACCAGCAUCACAGCGACGCUCGGGCUGGUCAUUCACGCUGCAGCUGAUGGAGUGGCUCUUGGAGCGGCGGUGGCAUCAUCUCAGGUCUCCGUACAAGUCAUUGUCUUCUUCGCAGUCAUCUUGCACAAGGCUCCAGCGGCUUUCGGGCUGGUCUCGUUCCUCAUGCACGCAGGAUUGGAGAAGAAACAAAUUCAGAAGCACCUCUUGGCGUUCUCGGUGGCGGCACCGCUCCUGACGAUUGCAACGUAUUUGAUUCUGAAUAUGACAGGAGGCAGCUUGCAGCACAGACUCAGCGCAACUGGAAACGGGAUGCUGUUCUCAGCUGGGACCUUCCUGUACGUGGCGACCGUUCACGUCUUACCAGAGAUCAGUGGGCGGGGUCACAAUCAGCGCCAAGAGACGUCCGAAUACACACAUCCAGGGCUGGGACUGUUGGAGAGCCUAACGCUGGUGGUGGGAGCUUUCCUGCCAGUGCUGCUGUCCUUAGGACUUCAUGACUGAAAGCAUUGCCAUCAUGUUUAUCCCCCACUAGGGUCUACACUAGGUGCCGCAUGGCCCGACUGCAAGACUAAGUUACACUAAUGUAUGGCAAAGAAAGGAUUCAAUAGAAUGCAGUGGGAAAUCAAGUCACACGAUGCCGAAGCAGCCAAACUGUAGCUCCCUGGUGGUCCAGGAGACCAGGAUGGGACCUAAUGGAAGUUCCACACUGAGCGACAAUACUGCACAAAACAGGCUGUUUCAUAGAAGACAAAAAAUAAGAAUUUUGUUCAGUGGGCUUUUUUUUAAAAAAACCCCACCUGUGGCGAAAGAUUUUGCCAUGAACCCCCGACACCAAGCCCCACAAGGAGCCCCGACUCCCAGCCCCGUCCAUGUGCCCCGACUCUCAGCCCCAUCCAUGAACGGAAUAAGUUUAAGAUGUAAAAUGGAAAAACAAUUUAAAAAGAACAAACCCAAAACUGUCUUCCUGAGUAGUCACUGCAGACCCGACGCGUUUCACUCCCUCCUCCCAUCAUUGCUGCACAGCGGAGCCUAUGUACUAUUCACCAGGUUCCUCCUUAUGUGACCGCGUCUAAGCUGUUCAGCAGAAUCUUUUAAUGUUUUAUCAGUAACUUCUUCCUUACUGUAGUGACGUUUUUAACCAAAAGGGACAGAAGAUUAUACGGUACUCCUUCAGUUCUUAGAAGUCUCCUAAACUGUGAUCAUAGUGAAAGGUAGAGUUAUUCGCACAUAUAUUUUACAUUGAUUGCGAUGGUUUAAUAAUGAAUGACUAAUGAUUUAGCUCAGGAGAAAAUGCACUUUACACCCUUUUAUACUUUAUAGUCGUCAGUUACAUUUUUUUUUUAUUUAAAUACCUUUUUUGUUCUGAUUGUGGUAUGCCUGCGAUACAUAAUAAUAUCUUUUAUUUUCUUUCCAAUACGUGCCUUGGUUUUAAACCACAAUAAAUCUACGUUACAUGAUACAUGAUAGACGGUACAAAGGUUCACAUUGGAAUACAUGGUGGAAUUUCACGUGAAUCAAUUUCUUUAAUAUAAUUUUUUUGAUCAUUCGACAACUUUUCAUAAAGAUUUUUCAGUUUUACAGAUAUGCAUCAACAGCAGAACAGGAGGCGGGGAAAUUGGUGAGGCCAUCAAAUAAAAAUAGACGCAGUCAUCAGCCAAUACCGUACACAGGACAAAAAGUAGCCGUACAGUCACCUGAGAUUGCAAGAAGAUUAAUAGCCAAUCCGUUCCAUUGAUUCCACAUCGCACAUACGCAGAGGGACAAGACUUAAACAUGGGAAAUGCGUUUACGAACAGAAAUUAAAUCUGGUCAGGAAUUUGUGGUAGGCCCAUACCGCCCACAGAUACUAACGGAGGAGGAGAACCUUCCCCACCGCCGAUGUGUCUCUAGUAAACCUACAACAUACGGGUCAAGGGUCCCAAACUGACACAGCAGUAGGGAUCGUACAACUUUCUCAUUUAGCCCUUGUACGUCCCAUCCUAAAAAUUUCCCGUAAAGCGACCCACCUAACGGAGAAUAGAGGGCACCAACACUAUCAGCAGUCAGGAGACUAUGGGUAGCGGCGGGUAAGUACGGCUAUGGCUGAAACCAAACACAGUGACCCAACUGCAACACAAGCCGCGUGGCAAACCGCUACAAUCUUCCCGUCCGCUUUGUCCAAGCCCUAUAAAUUCUAUGUCUGACUGAAUUUCUAGAGUAGAAACAGCUGGGGCAGCCAGGUCAGUCCAUUCUGCUCCGGGUGGCGCUGACAUCUAAGGCAGAGUUCUAGGAGACCUUUGCAAAUCACCCUUGCUUUUGAAUGAGGGAAAAAUUACAGUCUUGACAAUUUUGAUUGUCUCCAGAGUCAAAUAGCGGAACCCGCGGCCGGAACGUUGAGCAGCGCACCAUGGGGGUCAUUCCGAGUUGUUCGCUCUGUAUUUUUUUCUCGCAACGGAGCGAUUAGUCGCUAAUGCGCAAGCGCAAUGUCCGCAGUGCGACUGCGCCAAGUAAAUUUGCUAUGCAGUUAGGUAUUUUACUCACGGCAUUACGAGGUUUUUUCUUCGUUCUGGUGAUCGUAAUGUGAUUGACAGGAAGUGGGUGUUUCUGGGCGGAAACUGGCCGUUUUAUGGGUGUGUGUGAAAAAACGCUACCGUUUCUGGGAAAAACGCGGGAGUGGCUGGAGAAACGGAGGAGUGUCUGGGCGAACGCUGGGUGUGUUUGUGAUGUCAAACCAGGAACGAAACUGACUGAACUGAUCGCAGAUGCCGAGUAAGUCUGGAGCUACUCAGAAACUGCUAAGAAGUGUCUAUUCGCAAUUCUGCUAAUCUUUCGUUCGCAAUUUUGAUAAGCUAAGAUUCACUCCCAGUAGGCGGCGGCUUAGCGUGUGCAAAGCUGCUAAAAGCAGCUUGCGAGCGAACAACUCGGAAUGACCCCCCAUGUAAACAUGAGUAAUAGUUUAGCAUUAAAACAAGAGACGGAAGGAAGGGGGUGAGAAAGAGGUAAAACGGCAAUUUAAAGUGAACCCUUUUAACAAUGGAAAAUUAUUCUAGCUUGCACACGUCCUCAUUUUAUGUAUUACAGGAGAACGAUAUGAGAUUUGAUAAACUUUUUUUUAACAUAUAUAUAUAUAUAUAUAUAUAUAUAUAUAUAUAGAGGUUUUUAUUUUUAUUCUUUUACCAUUUUUUAAGCUGGCCCCAGAGAGAUCCUGCCUCUAAGCCAGAGAACUGAGCGACGGGAUCACCGAUGACUGUGCACCUGGGUGGUCUGACAACGAGACUGUGCAUUAGUGUGUAAGCUGUGUGUCUAACGUUAUUCUCCUGUAAACCCACUGAUGUUUGUGAUGUCAAUCGCAGCCGAAUUGUAUUUUUCUAAUAAAACUCACUAACAUCUG